AGACUGAAGGGUUGAGGAGGAGGAGAGGAGAAAGGGAAGAAGGGAUAGACAGGCAGGCGGACGGACGGAGAGGGGUAGACGAGGGGGAGGGUGAGGGGUGGAGGAGAGGAAUGAGGAGAGACCUGUCUGUGUGGCAAUGGACUGUCUCUGUAUCGUCACCACGAAGAAGUAUCGUUACCAGGAUGAGGAGACUCCGUCUCUGGACCACAGCCCUGCCCACAUGACCUCUAGACGCAGCGGAGAAUUCAACCAAUCACAGCUGGACGGAUACACACACCUUGCACCCAUCACGAUGAAUGGAUCAGAGGGAGAGGUGGAGUAUGAAGAGAUGACACUAGAGAGGGGUAACUCUGGUCUAGGAUUCAGUAUAGCAGGUGGAACAGACAACCCCCACGUUGGAGAUGACCCGUCUAUCUUCAUCACCAAGAUCAUCCCUGGAGGAGCUGCCGCACAGGACGGGAGGCUCAGGGUUAAUGACAGUGUGAUACUAGUUAAUGAUGUUGACGUUCGUGAGGUGACACACAGCUUGGCUGUGGAAGCUCUAAAGGAGGCGGGGCCAGUUGUUCGUCUCUACGUCCUCCGGAGGAAGCCACCCAUGGAGACCGUCACACAACUCAAACUCAUCAAAGGACCUAAAGGUUUGGGGUUCAGUAUAGCAGGUGGACUAGGGAACCAGCAUGUACCAGGUGACAACAGUAUAUAUGUGACUAAGAUCAUCGAGGGAGGAGCGGCCUGUAAAGAUGGACACCUACAGAUAGGCGAUAAGAUACUGGCUGUGAACCAGGUGUGUUUAGAAGAUGUGAUGCAUGAAGACGCAGUAUCUGCUCUGAAGAACACAGCCGAGGUGGUCUACCUGAGAGUAGCCAAACCUUCACAUCUCUACACACCUGACCAGUACAGUCCCCCUGACCUCACCUCGUACAUGGACCCAGACGUGGGCCCUAACUACCUAGAUUACCCACAAUCCUCUCUACCGCCGCCCUCGCCACGACGCUACUCACCCAUACCACACGGCAUGAUGGGAGAAGACGACAUCCCCAGUAGAGAGGCCAGGCGGGUGUGUAUCCACAGAGGGUCGACUGGUCUGGGGUUUAACAUCGUUGGGGGAGAAGACGGAGAGGGAAUCUUUAUCUCCUUCAUCCUGGCUGGAGGACCGGCUGAUCUCUCAGGAGAGCUACGCAAGGGAGACCAAAUCAUCAGCGUGAACGGUGUGGAUCUCAGACAUGCGACUCAUGAACAGGCUGCAGCAGCUCUGAAGAAUGCUGGACAGACUGUUACUAUCAUCGCUCAGUACAGACCUGAGGAAUACAGCAGGUUUGAGGCUAAGAUCCACGACCUGAGAGAACAGAUGAUGAACAGUAGCAUGAGCUCUGGGACCCUCCGAGCCAACAGGACCUUCUAUGUCAGGGCCCUGUUUGACUAUGAUAAAACAGCAGACUGUGGGCUGUUGAGCCAGGCAUUGGGCUUUAACUUCGGGGAGGUGCUCCAUGUGACUGACUGUAGUGAUGAAGAGUGGUGGACUGCUAGGAGACUGGGACAACAGGGACAACUGGAAGAACUAGGGUAUAUACCCAGCAAACACAGGGUGGAGAGGAAGGAGUGGUCUCGUAUGAAGAAUAAGGACCGCAGCAGCUUUGUUCAGAGCUAUGAAACUGUUACACAGAUAGAAGUCCACUAUGUGAGGCCUAUCAUUAUACUGGGUCCUACAAAAGACAGAGUGAAUGAUGAUCUUCUCUCUGAGUUUCCUGACAAGUUUGGUUCCUGUGUUCCACACACGACGCGGCCUCAGAGGGAGUAUGAGGUGGAUGGGCGGGACUACCACUUUGUGUCGUCAAGGGAACAGAUGGAGAAGGACAUCCAAUCACAUCACUUCAUAGAGGCGGGUCAAUACAACAGUCACCUGUAUGGAACCAGUGUUCAGAGUGUCCGCAUGGUCGCAGAGCAGAUGGGGAAACACUGUAUCUUAGAUGUAUCAGCUAAUGCAGUGAGGAGACUACAGGCAGCUCAGCUUCAUCCUAUUGCUGUCUUCAUCAGACCAAGAUCACUGGAAAAUAUACUUGACCUGAACAAGCGUCUGACAGAGGACCAGGCCAGGAAGGCUCUGGACAGAGCUGUCAAACUGGAACAAGACUUUAUAGAAUGCUUCUCAGCUAUUGUGGAAGGGGAGAGUUUUGAAGAGGUUUAUCACAUGGUGAAGACUGUGAUCGAAGAGCAGAGUGGACCCUACAUAUGGAUACAAUCAAGAGAAAGACUAUAAAAGAGAGGAGAGGAGCAGAGGAGAGGAGCCUAUAUAUGGACACCAUCUAGGGAAACACUAUAGAGGAGAUUAGAGGAGAGUUGAGGAGAUGAGAAGAGAGGAGAGGAGAGAUUAGGAGAGAAGAGAGAGAGUUGAGGAGAUUAGGAGAGAAGAGAGAGAGUUGAGGAGAUUAGGAGAGAAGAGAGGAGAGGAGAGAUUAGGAGAGAAGAGAGAGAGUUGAGGAGAUUAGGAGAGAAGAGAGAGAGUUGAGAAGAUUAGGAGAGAAGAGAGACAGUUGAGGAGAUUAGGAGAGAAGAGAGAGAGUUGAGGAGAUUAGGAGAGAAGAGAGACAGUUGAGGAGAUUAGGAGAGAAGAGAGACAGUUGAGGAGAUUAGGAGAGAAGAGAGAGAGUUGAGGAGAUUAGGAGAGAAGAGAGAGAGUUGAGGAGAUUAGGAGAGAAGAGAGAGAGUUGAGUUGAGAUAAGAGGAAAAGAGAGAGGAGGUGAGAAGAGAAGAGAGGAGAGUUGAGGAGAUGAGAUGAGAGGAAAGGAGAAGAUAGGUUGUACAAGGCCUCUGAGAUUAUCACCUUGACUACUGUUGCUUCGGAUACUGUCACCACAACUACCGUGGAUACCAUCUCACAGCAACCAGAAGGAGAGAGAGGGACAGAAGGAGAGAUGGAGAGACACUGUAAGACUCACCACAGAACCAAAAGAGAGAGAGAAACAGACGCUUUCUCUCCAUCCCCUCUCUCCUCCCUCCAUAAUUUCUCUCUCUCUCCUCCGGAUCUGUAAAAAUUGUUUUCUAACGGAAUGGGACUCUGAAAGUGAAGAGAGACGAGGUGAAAGAGGAGACGAGACUGGAGUGACUGCAGCAGGAAGAGAAGUGGAGGCUGUCUGAACCAUGGAGGGAGAAAGGAGAGAAAGACAUCACAAAAAAUAUAUGUAAAAAAAGAUUCACGUUUUCUAUAUUAUGGAGAGAAGUAUUAUACAGACUGGUAUCUCUGCAGGACUACAUUACAGACUGAUAUCUCUGUAGUACUACAUUACAGACUGGUAUCUCUGUAGUACUACAUUACAGACUGGUAUCUCUGCAGGACUACAUUACAGACUGAUAUCUCUGUAGUACUACAUUACAGACUGGUAUCUCUGUAGUACUACAUUACAGACUGGUAUCUCUGUAGUACUACAUUACAGACUGGUAUCUCUGCAGGACUACAUUACAGACUGAUAUCUCUGUAGUACUACAUUACAGACUGGUAUCUCUGUAGUACUACAUUACAGACUGGUAUCUCUGUAGUACUACAUUACAGACUGGUAUCUCUGCAGUACUACAUUACAGACUCGUAUCUCUGAAGUACUACAUUACAGACUGGUAUCUCUGCAGUACUACAUUACAGACUGGUAUCUCUGCAGUACUACAUUACAGACUGGUAUCUCCGCAGUACUAUUAUACAGACUGGUAUCUCUGUAGUACUGCAUUACAGACUGGUAUCACAUUACAGUCUGGUAUCUCUGUAGUACUACAUUACAGACUGGUAUCUCUGUAGUACUACAUUACAGACUGGUAUCUCUGUAGUACUACAUUACAGUCUGGUAUCUCUGUAGUACUACAUUACAGACUGGUAUCUCUGUAGUACUACAUUACAGACUGGUGUCUCUGCAGUACUACAUUACAGACUGGUAUCUCUGUAGUACUACAUUACAGACUGGUAUAUCUGUAGUACUACAUUACAGACUGGUAUCUCUGCAGUACUACAUUACAGACUGGUAUCUCCGCAGUACUAUUAUACAGACUGGUAACUCUGUAGUACUGCAUUACAGACUGGUAACUCUGUAGUACUGCAUUACAGACUGGUAUCUCUGUAGUAUCACAUUAAAGUCUGGUAUCUCUGUAGUACUACAUUACAGACUGGUAUCUCUGUAGUACUACAUUACAGACUGGUAUCUCUGUAGAACUACAUUACAGACUGGUAUGUCUACAGUACUACAUUUCAGACUGUUAUCUCUGUAGUACUACAUUACAGACUGGUAUCUCUGUAGUACUACAUUACAGACUGGUAUCUCUGUAGUAAUCAAAUCUAAUCAAAUGUAUUUAUAUAGCCCUUCGUACAUC